CUGAUAACUCUUGCUCGAAUUUUUUUUUUUAUAAAAGUUGAAUUAAAAAAAUUAUCUGACCUGGUACAUUAAAAUGGGACACCUUGAACAUUAAUUUGUAAGAAUCUCAAGACAUUUAAAUUAAUCUACUCAUUAGUCAUUACUAGGAAUGUACAGAUUAAAUUCUUAUUCACAAAAAUUUAAAAUCAGUUACAAAAAAGUAUUUUUUGAACUAGUAUGUUUUCAUUAAAUACUUUUGUUGCCCAUAUAUGUACUACAUUUAUGCAGAAAAUUCUACAUUGUAAAAUUUGAAAUCCAUAAACUACGUCAAAUUUUUACUUGAUUUAUAAAUUUUAUAUGUAGAUCUAGGUAGUUUAUGCCAAGUUGACAUUUCUGGUAAUGUAAAGUGUAAGAACCAAAUUCGAGUGCAGAAGCCAUAUUUCAUUAACACAAAAUUGUCUUUUUAAAUUAAAUUUAAAAUUAAUGGGUACCAAAGACAGUGUAGAAUUUAAAAAUGCUCUACGAGAUAUUGCUCAAUAUGCGCAUCAGUUAAAUAGUCCAUUUGACAGAGUAAGAUGCGUCGAAUGGGUAAGGAAAUUAGCUAGUCUAUCAGACGAGGAUUUAGAAACUUGUAAAAUAAAAAAUGAAUAUAUUCAGUUUUUAAGAAUACAAGUUAGAAAUAAUUUUUUGCAUGGUCCGUUUGUCAACCCACCUACGGAUGUGGGUAAAUUAGCAACCCUCUCGGAAUGCCUAGGAAAUAUUAUGGCAAAGCAGAUCCCUUACCUUCCAAGGAUAGGACCAGUGAGUCCAAUUCUGUAUCACAAAUCUCCAGAUGGUAGAGCUUAUAUUUCUGCUAAACAAGUACCUGGUGGUGGAGUUUUCUGCUAUAUGGCAGUCAGUCCAGAUGGUUUGAAAUAAAUGUAAAAUAAUAAAUAAAUGUAAUUUUUUAUAUUAACUACACUCGAGACAUAAAUAUAUGUUAC